AUGGGAGCCAUCACCCUCAUCUUCUCAAACAGCUCAAAUUAUAGCGACACCCAAAGAUACACAAAUGAACUUCCUAAAAGUGGAAAGGAUGAUACAAUCUGUUUCCUGUACCUCUUGGAGACUCAGCACCUGGGCUGUGGUGAUAAUGAAGAGUUGGGCAUUUCUCCUCCUGCUAGUAGAGAUUUCCAGUCUAGCAUCUGGAUCUUUGUAUGGGCCGCAGAUUCCUGCAAAGGACGAUGUAAUGAAAAAUAUAACCGGGAAGAUGAGUGCCACUGUGACACUAACUGUGAACAAAAUCAGAACUGCUGUGAAGAUUACCACAUCCACUGCAAAACAGGUACCACAGAUGACAAAGAAAAGGAAGGAUUCUCAUACAGAGACAAUACUAUAACAGAUGAAGAACUACAAGAAGCAUCAGAGAAGAUUUACCAGACUGACCACAAUAGAGCAGAGGAGUCUGACAUUGUCCUGAACAAGCAAUUCUUCACUUCCAAAACAAAUGGACAUGAAGAUAAUUCUCCAGAUCGGCUCUUCACUUAUGUCAACCAUGAGAAACUCUUCUCAAGGCCAACCUAUGCCAGUUUCAUCAAGCUAUUGGAUAAUUAUCAAGCACAUGUUGGGACAGAGGAGAAAUUCACAAAAGAACAGAUGAAAGAACAAGACAUUUUUCUUCAGGAUAUCAUGAAGACUGAGGUCAUGAAAGAGCUAUAUAAGUUUCUUCACAGCCAAAAUCGAUAUGAUACAGAACCAGAGUUUGUUGAGGAUCUUAAAAAGAUGUGGUUUGGUCUUUAUUCCAGAGGCAAGGAUGUUAAUGAUAAUGACUCCAGUGGCUUUGAACAUGUCUUUGUAGGAGAAAUCAAACAAGGAAAAGUAUCUGGAUUCCACAACUGGAUUCGUUUCUACCUUCUGGAGAAACAGGGUGUUGUUGAUUAUUUCAGCCACAGCUAUGAUGGUCCG